CUUCUAUUAGUCCUCGGUGCAAAUUCCAUGAUGUCCGACCCCUUAUCAGUCGCCGGUAGCGCCGUUGGGAUCAUUUCUCUUGGUCUGCAGGUUUGUGGCAAGAUCAUCAAGUAUUCUCAGGACUUGCGUGGCCAAGACGAUGAUCUCGAUCGUCUUGUGACCAAGGCAGAGCAUCUUCGUGCGCCGCUGAAGGAAUUACAAGACUUGAUCGAAGAUACGAGAAAUGAGUCAUCAAAGACAGCGGAUGAUCUUGAAUCGAAGGCACUUGGUCUUCAAGUCUAUGUUGAAAGGUUGAAGAGGAAAAUUGAGCAAUACCAACCUGUCUCAACUGGAGGCGCGCAUGGAAAUGGAAAAGCUCGAUCGACAUUUAAAAGGGCGGUUUACCCUUUCAAGAAAGAGUCUCUUGGGGAAAUCGCGUACUGUCUGGAUAGUAUGCAAAUGACCUUACAGACCACAUUAGCCAUCUCGACGGCGCGGAAACUUUCCACAUUCGAGUCGAAGCAAGAUGCCUUUGAUGCUAAACAAGAUCGUAUUCUCGUAUUGGCAGAGGAAAUGAAAACACUACAGCUUGCCAUACAAAGCUCGUCACCACAAAGGAUUCGCCAACUACCACCAUCUCAAAUAAGAUCAUGGUGUGAUCAUCUCAACAACUCAAAGUCACUAGGCUUACUUCCCCGUGCGCAGAAGAACUCUCGAGCCAAACAAUUCAGAAAGAGUUACAGCUUUUGUAGCAGGUGGCUUGGUUUCUACCUCACGGGGACAUUUUAUCUUUCAACCGGGUCUGGUGGACUUUCAAUUGCACCAUCAUUAAAAUUAUGUGCUCUUGUAGGGCCUGGAAGCUACGCAGAGCAGGUCUUCGAAGUACUGAGUGGCUUAAACCCCGUUGAACUCAUGGAAGAACCGUCCAAUAGAAUCGAUGAGUUUAUUCAAUACUCGCAGAUUCAAUUUUCGGACGGAAGGGCGGCACCAACUGAUAGAUUACAGAGAGGCCCUGAAACCGUUUCCAUGAUAAAUAUCCCAUUCUAUUACUUCUUCCAGUGUUCGUUCCUUGAACGUGAACAAUUUCCAAGUCUUUGCAGAUUAACCCAAUAUAUGUUACGCUGCGGUGCCACUCUUGACCAUCAGGAUAAUCUGCAGUCAUGUCUUCCCGCCUUGUGCUGCUCGUAUCUUUGGACGGAAGAGGAAUACACCUUUGUCUCUCCUUUAAUAGAGAGAUAUGGGUCAAUAAACUGGGCUCCGCGAAAUUGGGUCGAAAAGGCAAAUAUGCAAACCAUUUUAGAGAGAUAUGACGAUUGGAUUGAAUUGCCGGCUGCAUAUAUCGCCGUUCUUCGGGAAUCAGAAGAAGACUUGAAAGAGAUCCUCACAUCGGCGGCCCCACACCUCGACACUAAAAUCAAUGAUAUAACCUUGCUUCAGUUGGCAAUGGGCUGGCCAACGGGUGUGAGCCUGCUGCUCGAAGCAGAAUCAAGUGCACCCUUACCGACCAGAUAUCAUAGGAAAGCUCGUAGGAACAUCACCGAUGAUGAUACAAAAAUUGGCAAAUACAUUGAAUCCUGCAAGGUCUUGUUCGAGGCUGGAUACACAGUUAUGCCAUCGCAAAUCUUUGACGCCUCAACAAUCAAAUUGCAAUGUGUCUUGUUACAGGAGCUAGCUAAUCGGCGACGAAAAUUGUUGGAUAUCGCAGAAGCCCAUAUUGAUCCCACCGAACUUUCAAAGCUCAGACAAGGAGAAACUGGGCUUCCUGAUGCGCAUAGCUUUUGUCACUACGCUACAUUGGUCGCCAAGGGGGUCAAUGUUAACCCUUCUUUGGACCCUGGACGAACGCAAUCUGGUUUGUCGAUAUACCAUCACACCGUCUCAUCUUCACUCAAAGUUCUGGCUUCACUCGAGCUCCUGAAGAAGAUAUAUAAAGUCGGUUUCAGAGAUCUAGAUCAAACCGGACCUGAUGGUUUUACACCGCUGAUGGAUCGGUGUAUAGACCCGUCAUCCGAAUCUGACCUUGAAUCAAUUGUCUGGAUGGCUUUAAACGGGGCGAACCUUUUCCGGCAGAUCCCAGGGUCAAAUGCGACAGCCUUCCAUCUCCUGAAUGCGAAGUUGGCUGCAAAAGUCUUUACGGGAUAUUACACGGCCAAGAUUGGCCAUAUAUCCUCCUAUUUAAGGGACAAGACUUGUUGCAUUUGGCAGCUUGACGAGAAUAUGCUAUCGGUAUCAAUCAAGGACUUUUGCUCCUGUUCGUGCUCUGUUGGAGGAUGCACUGCAGUAUCAGUGGCUGUUCGUCAUGUGGUUUACAAUUUCUUUAAAUCAAGAGACGGAAUACACAAGCUCUCAGCAGCGUUCCUUCAAUUCCUCCAAUACAUUGUUGAUUUUAAUCAAUCUGAUUCCGAAGUUUGCCAUGCAAUCAUCAGGAGUCUCACUUUCGAUGGCCUCAGUUUGAGGCACACAUGUUGCACUGAGCUCCAUCGCUGGCCCAUUACUGAGCACAUCAGAGAUGAAAGUGAGCUCCGUGAGAUCAUAGAAGAGCAGAAGGGUCUACUUGAAUAUCUUGAGGAGCUUGUGGCUGAAUUCUAUGCUCGGUUUGACGCUCUAAAUGUGCCGUUAAUCGACUUUCUCAAGCAUGUUUGGUAUGGGCGCAUGGUCAAGUUCCAUUCUCACCGCGACCAUUUUGACGAGAAUCAUCAUCGCGAAGUGAGAAAUCUCGGGAUCUCAUUGGAGUUUGAUGAAGUUGAAAUACCUCUUGUUAUUCAACUCAUUUGUGAUCAGGAGAGGAUACUUGAGAUUGAAGAGGAUGACGGCAGUGGUUCAUAACACCGUUCAGGUACAUUUGCUUAGGCUGGAG